GGCGCGAACAAUAGCUGCUCACCUGGGAGCCAUUACCUUGCAAAACCCAGUAUCGACGCCCUUUGUGCCUACCCUGUAAAUUUUAUUACGCAGUUCAGAAUUCCGUACUGUGACACAGAGUGCUUCGCCUUGCACGCAGCACAUCGGCGUGCAAUAUUGUGCAAAUGUUGGCCGGAGAUCUUCGGCAAUGCUCGAUCGAAAUCCUCGCACGAUAGAGAACGGCAAGAUGUCAGAGCAAGACACCGAAGAAGAGCCUUAGCUAUCCGCAGCUGCAGGAGGAUACCUCGAGUAGACUAUAGAGAGUUAGGUAAUACUCCAAGUAAGGUGCAAUAGUUUGAAGUCUCGAGCUGAAAAAAAAUUCGCAGGGUUUUGUUUGUUUCAUCAUGACUAAGUCUCAUCCGUAUCAACGCCUGGUCGAUCCGGAGGUGUGCCGGGCAAAGUCGGCUGCCGGUCUGAGCCGCACUGUCAACGCGGUGCUGGUGGUGGGAGUGGUAGCCGUGCUGUUAACGGUCGUGGUCAUCGGGUCUCUUCUGGCGUAUGUGUACCUACUGUCCGCUGAACCUUGUUCUUCAUCGUCGGCCGGUAUCCAGCCAUGUUCAUCUCCAGGGCUGGCCUCUUCUUCCUCGGUGGAUGUCGACAAGUUGCUGGAGAGGCUGGACUCCCUUGAGCGGGAAGUUGCCGCGUUGAAGUCCGAGUGCCGACGUUGGUCUUCGUCGGAUAGCGGACAUGACAACCAGCAAUCGUCUGACCAAGGGAGUUCUGCACCAGAGCCGACCACCUUUCUGCAAGAAGACGUGCAAGGAAAGAUGUCACCCGAAGAAUCUCCCUCGUCGACAAUUAUUCCAACAUGGCCGACAAUUCCAACAAGGCCGCCGCUUGACGACGACCUGGCGUUGACUCUGGCGUUGAACUCCGACCUGGAGUUGUCACCUCGCCAGCAGCAUCGUAACCCUAGUUCAAAAAAUCGCAUGAAACGGCGACGCGAAGAGUCUCCAGACGACAUAGCCCAGCCCUUGGAGGAAGAGGAAAGGGGUGAUGGCGGCCGAGGGGACGGGAAGAAGAAACGGGACAAGAGGUGUAAACAUUGCAUCGAUAAUGACAAGCCUGUGAUGAAAGGCAUCGGAACAGAUGAUGCUUUGCAAGCUCGUGUGCUCAUGUUUGGAAAGGCAGCUCAUGUCCACGGAAACCGAGACGGCAACAUCCCAAUCCCUGGUGACGGAUGGAUAAGAGGUCCUCAAAUGUGGGAAAUGUCACCCAGCGCAGGGGAGUUCGUUUCGCUCAGCAUUGUGGGCAGUGUCACCGUUCAUGAGAGUGGCUGGUAUUACGUCUACAGUCAGGUCCUUUUCUACGAUUCAAACAACACAGUUGGCCAAAGCAUCUGCAUCAACGGCCAGCCGCGCUUCACGUGCGUCAAGUCCAACAUCAGUGCUGAUGCCAAGCAGAGCACGUGCUACAUAGGCGGAGUAGUGCACAUGUCAGAAGAUGAUCAGAUUGCCAUCAAGCUGUCUAUUCCCAACGUGACUGUCGCCCUCUAUGCGGAUACCACCUACUUUGGAUUGUUCAGGGUCGCUUAGAGCUUUGCACCCGUACCUUAAUUGAUCUAUAUGUUUAGAGGUCCAAACGAAUUAAUUAUCAAUGAUUCACAGAACUGCAUAACUCAAUCACUGAGACUGGACAUGUAUUAAAAAAAAAAAUCGAUAGUAGCUGUUUCAGACUCAGAUCCAGAUACUUUUUGAGAAAAAGGUGAAAUCUCCUGCAGAAGCCUUUGACGUACGGCAUGCAAAGCACAAAGGCAGAGGAUUUUUAUCCUAGAUUGAGACGUAAUACGCAGUCGUAAAUUUUCAUUACUGACUGUCCACUAUGUUAACUGUAUUGAUGGUCACUUUACCAUAGUGUCAUGCAUAUUCACUAUUCAAGGGUUUGCCUUGGGUCAGCGGCCUAUACAGUCAUGGUCAGUACAGGGGUGAAUUUAAAAAAAUCGAAUACCCGACCCAUGGUCUCAAGAUGUUUAGCUUUGCGGGUUGGAAAAAACUGAGCCAAUGGAGAUGUCUGUUCAAUAGGUUGGUAUUAAUUGGAAUGGUAACUUUUGCUAACCUUUCCACACUGCCUUAAUACCCAGUAAGUGUAAGUACCUUAUUUUUUUGUAUAAUAUUGGAAGUGGCAUAUACGUAGACGAGCAGGGCGCCACCUGGAGGUUACAACAGAGAGGUCAUUAUCUCAGCGCACCAUGGGAAACAAGUCGACAAGAGUUUUCUCUUUUCUUUUGGUGGGGGAUGAAAAUAGUGGCUAUAUCGACGAAGUUCCCUGAUGAAUUUGUCUCUGAGUGAUAGAAAAUACAAACAAAUGAAGUUUAUGCACGUACCUGCGGGAUAGGUUAUACUCAGAAUGUCGACUAUUAGGUAAGAAACUGGUAUCUUGGUGGUGCAUUUUGGCGACUAUAAUAGUUUGCGAAUAACUUGCAAUAAUACCCAAGGGCGGCAAUCUGCGGAGUAAGGUUGGUACACGUAAAAAGGUUUUAACUUGGGCCUAUUUAAUUAUAUAUCUUGCCGCCCUUGAUAACGCAUCAUGUAUUCAGAGCAUUGUUGUAUUCAAUGUAUAUGUAUAUCAUUGCAGCUAGGACUAUCAAAACAAGAUGUGUAAUCGGGCUAUAAACAGAGAAGUAACUUAAAUGUUGGCUAGACUAGGAGUGGUUGUACUGAUAAUGAUGGUCAUUUCAUAAUUAAUGGUGAGACAAAACAGGUCGAAGGGGUUGUAUGGGUAUAGAAGCUUAUUCAUUGUAUAUUUUGUAUAAAUGCUGACAAAGUUUCGAAGCUUGCUCUGUAUAAAUUAUGUGAAGCUUGCAAGCCACAUUAUGUGCGCACUGUCAACCCGACUAAACUCAUCUUGCACAUUAAACCCCUUGGCCCUUUUUGCAUAGGAACCAACCUCAAUCCUCCAAAUUUUGCACUUACAAAAUGUAUUUCAAAUGAAGGAUACUCACUGCCUCAAACCUUCAAAAUCCUCCCAAAGCCCAGCCUCUCAAAAUGCAUUCAGCCUCAUCCCUCCAAAAUCAACCAAUACUGAAUGGCCAUGUGCCCUCAAUCCCGAUCCUCCAAAAUUGUAUGUUGCAUUCAGCCUCCAAAAUCCUCCAAAACUGCCCGGAGGACUCUGGAGGAUUGAGGAAUGUUGGGGUUAACGCCGUGUGCAAAGCGAACCGUUUCACGAAUACCGCCAUCUUUGUGGUCACGUGGUUUUCGCAGGCGUCAUUUCAAUAGAAGUACGUCCCAUGGCAUGACGGGAUAUAUUUCUUUUGAAAUACCUCCUUAGAUUACCAUGGCGACCACAAAAAUGGCAGUAUCUGUAAAACGUUGUAUUCGAAUGGGCCAGACCUCCAAAGCACUAGUUACCCUCUUAAUGUAUAUUAUACAAAUAAUGAAUGUUUGUGAGUGCAAUGGUAAGAAUAAUUUCAUGAGGUGACAGAUGAAAUGUUCCAU